GGCGCGCACUCUACUAGUGUGUAACUCUAUGACCUGCACCCACGAAGAAGAAGAAGAAGACGUCUCUUAACAACAACGACAGCCACAAGCAUCCUGUACUGCUGAACUAUAGAGGCCGCGGUCCCAUGGCCUAACCAGCCCUCUAACAUACUGACGAAGAAGACGAAGAGGUGAGUGGCAGGCUUGGCAGCAUCCCAGGGAGAGGGACACUUGGAGGAUGGGCUCCGGCUGGCAUCAUGGCUCCAGUGUGCCCAGCUGGCUGCUUCUCAUGGUGGGAGCCUCAGGGCUGGCUGUCUUGUGCCAGUACAGGCACAGCCUCUCCCACAAGCUGCUGCUGUGGAGGAUAAGGAGGCAGGUGAGGCGGUGCAAGAAGAAGAUACAUAUUGUCAACAGUGAAGAGACUUGGGCCAGUGUUCUUCCCCUCCUGCUGAGGGAGGUGGGUAACAAAGGAGCCUUGGGAAUGGACUGUGAAUGGACUGAGCUUGGAGGGCAGCGGCAACCUGUGGCACUCCUGCAGCUGGCCUCCCACUCUGGGGCGUGCGUUCUGGUGCACCUGACGGCCUUCACGGCACCCUUGCCAGCCUCCCUGCAGAGUCUUCUCGGUGAUGUGGCCGUCGUUAAAUCUGGUGUUGGCAUUAUUCAAGACAAGAGGUUUUUGGAAGCAGAUUAUGGUCUACAGGUUGAGGGUUGUGUGGACCUGCGUCACUUGGCCCUGUGCUGCCCUGAGCCUGGGGGUGGAGGCAAGGCAGGGCUGGCGGGCACUGCUGGCCUGGGCUUGGCUGCACUCUCUCUCAGCCACCUGGGCCACACCCUGGACAAAGACUGGCGGGUGCGGGCAAGCAACUGGCAAGCAGAACACCUCACCCAGAGACAGAAGAGUUAUGCAGCGGAGGAUGCUCUGGCUGGGAUGCAGCUGUUGACGGUGCUCUGUGCCAAACUGUGGACGCCUGGGUGGAGGAGCGGCAGCUGGCUGCUGCCCUUCCUGCCAUCACCUUUCUUCCUCCGCCGCUUCUUGGCGGACACACACAACAUCUGCCACCAAUACCUGGACCUCAAGUUCUCAAACUCCAGCAAAAGGUUACUUCAACAAGAUAACAGCUGUGUCAACCAGAAGCCUGUACUGAGGAAGAUCAGCCAAGCCACCCGAGCUUACUCUCCCCGGAAGAGUCCUCUGUAUUAUAACUGCCAGCUGUUGGCCCCAGAUGACUCCCCUCUCUGCACCUGUGACCCAAAGAAAGCCAAGUGGUAUGUUGAGAAGGGCUUGGGGGUGGAGGUGCAGCACAACCCCCUGGUGGUGCGCCUUAACUUUGAGCCAGCGGGGCGGCCUCGGGCAGAGUGCCAAGACGAGAGCUUCUAUGUGCAGGAACGUCAUAAUGUGUGCGUGGUGUGUGGCCAGGAACACUCAUACAUCAAGAAGAAUGUCGUGCCGCAUGAGUACCGCAAGUAUUUUCCCAGCAUUCUUAAGGACCAUCAGAGUCAUGAUAUUGUGCUGCUGUGCAUAAAGUGCCACAGGGUCAGCAAUGCCCAUGACACGGUUCUAAAAGACACGCUGGCCAGAGAAUGCAAUGUUCCCUUGGGACGGGAAGCCAGCCAGAAAGUGAGGGUGGAUAACGCGCGAAAAGCUGUGAGAAAUGCAGCUUCGGCUCUACUGAAGAGUCGUUCCACAAUCCCUGAAGCCAGAGUCAGGGAACUGGAGGAUGUGGUUAAGGCGUACUUCACAGUGGACUCCAUAAGCCAUGAACUGCUGGAAGAGGCUGCUAACAUUGAUGCCAGGGAGUGGAUUGAGGAUUACCAGGGGCACGGUCAGCGAGUGUGUCAGGCAUACAUGAGGAAGGGCCUUGUGGAGCUCCAGCAGAGGUGGAGGAGACACUUCAUCGACACCAUGCAGCCAGAAUAUCUGCCUCGUUUUUGGUCUGUCACGCACAACCUCCAGAAGAUGUGGGAUGUGAUGGCCGGCCUGUCACAAGACCAUCCAGACUUUGGAACAUACAAACUCAUCCUAGUCGGCAUAGACAUCACCGACAGCAUUACAGAGUUCACUCAAUAAAGUAUUCAUUAAAGCAAUCA